AGCAAGUGCCUGAGCAGGGCCAGGACAGGUUCAGCUACGACUAUGAGACCAUCCGCAAUGGGGGGCUGAUCUUUGCCAUUGUGGCUUUUGUCGUCGGGCUCCUCAUCAUCCUCAGCCAGCGGUUCCACUGUGGAGGGAAGAAGAAAAGGAGCCGGGAACCCUGCCGGGAGAACAAAAAGGAGCCGGACUCUCGCCGUUGGGCGGAGAGCGAGUGA